GACUGACAGUGCACUGAAGCCCGAGGACCUUACGCAUUCUUCUGCCUUUCGAUAUUUCUAAAUAACUACUCUUAAGGGAUUUUGAUUUUAUGUUUAGACUACUGGGAGGUUAUGAGACAGAUUAACAUUUUUUUUUCCUUUAUUUUGGUUGUCUUGAUUUAUGCAUGGAUAGUUUUGGUAGGUUAUGAUAGUUUAAAUAAUGGGCGUGUUAUUUUUAAUGGGUGUGUUUUGGACAUUAUGACAUUGCAGUUUUUUUUUCUUUCUUUUCCUAAGUUCCAGAGUUUGCGCCACACAGCUAACCUGUUAUUCCUUAUGGUGUAUACUGGUAUAAAUAAGAGCGUAUAUAUGGUAUGGCCGAAUGUUAUUCUUUUUUUUUUAUUUUGUUUUCCAAAAAAAAAAAAUCAAUAAAGGUAAAGUAGAAGUUAGGGAUGUUACAAUUGGUAUCAGAGCCAGGUUUCUUGUAAAGGGUUGGGUCCACUGUCAGUUCCAGGAAGCUCAAGUUAUCAAGCCCCAAUUAUGCCACCCAAACGUAUUAUGCAGAGGUGUGGGCCAGAAGGAUGUCAAGAAGAGGAUCAGGAUAGGGAUAGAGGCGAGAGGGAGAUGCGUGACCCUCCGCCGCCACCGGAUGUUGCUACUCGAGUUCUCGAGGGGAUGGCUCAGUUGUUAGAGCAGCAUGUUGGUAAUGCUAACAGGGGGCAACAACAGGAUGUCUAUAUGCAGUUUAGGAGGAUGGAUCCUAAAGACUUCUCCGGUACUACCGAUCCAUUCGUUGCUGAGGGAUGGAUCCGGUCUUUGGAGGUGAUCUUCCGUUAUAUGAAUAUGGCGGAUGCCGACAGGGUUCGUUGUGCCAUUUAUCUGCUGAAGGAUGAUGCUUCCCUAUGGUGGGAGGGAGCUGAAAGAGGGGUUAAUCUGAAUACCCUGACUUGGGAAGGCUUCAAAAGGAUCUUCUACGGGAAGUAUUUCACAGUUGAUGUGAGAUCGAGAUUGAAGAGGGAGUUCAUGAGUCUCCGACAGGGAGACAUGUCUGUAGCUGAAUUCGUGAAGAAGUACGAUAGGGGGUGUCACUUUGUGCCCCUAAUCGCCGAGGAUGCUGACGAGAAGAUGAGACAUUUCCUAGAUGGUCUCAGGCCUACCAUUCGACAAGAUGUUUUGCUGACCAAUCCUACUGAUUAUAAUGAUGCAGUUACUAGGGCCUAUAGAGCAGAGCAGUCUCUGAAAGACAUAGCAUGGGAGAUGCAAAAGAAGAGGCCACCACCACCACAGCAACAACAACAGAAUAAGAAGUCAUAUACAGGGCCACAAAAAGGGCAGCCGGGAUCUCAGGGGCAACCUAAGCCACAGCAAAAAGCAGCUGCCCCAAAUGCUGAGGGGAAGCCAUUAUGCAAGGAGUGCAACCGCCAACACUAUGGCAAGUGCAUGUGGGGUACUUACAAGUGCUUUGUCUGUGGAGAAGAUGGGCAUAAAGCUAAAGAUUGCCCAAAGAAGCAACAACCUGUGACUGGUCGAGCUUACGUGAUGCAUGCCAAGGAGGCAGAGCCAGACACUACACUUAUUACAGGCGAAAAUGGUAUUGAUGAUAUAGGAGACUUCGAUGCUUGAAUGGACUAGACUGACAGUGCACUGAAGCCGAGGACCUUAUGCAUUCUUCUGCCUUUCGAUAUUUCUAAAUAACUACUCUUAAGGGAUUUUGAUUUUAUGUUUAGACUAUCUGGGGAGGUUAUGAGACAGAUUAACAUUUUUUUUCCUUAAUUUUGGUUGUCUUGAUUUAUGCAUGGAUAGUUUUGGUAGGUUAUGAUAGUUUAAAUAAUGGGCGUGUUAUUUUUAAUGGGUGUGUUUUGGACA